UACUUGUGCAUAGUUUUUUCUUAUUAAUAUUAUUUUUGCAGUAUUCAAAAACACUGUAUAAAACUGUAUAUAAAGGAUAUACAAAAAUAACAUUGCAACCACUCUCUCUACUCUAAUCAAAAUGAUUCACAUUUCAAAUGGUGUUUUUCUAGCUUCUGUUUUCCUUUUCAACAUCAUAAACAUCCCUUUUCUCAUAACAAAUGCUCAAUCGUCGUGCAACGGACCAUGCAACACCCUUGAUGAUUGUUCUGGUCAACUCAUUUGCAUCAACGACAAAUGUGAUGAUGAUCCCGAUGUUGGGACCCACAUUUGCACCAAUCCACCACCGCCAUCACCAAGUGGCGGCGGUGACUGUAAAUCUUCUGGAACCUUAAAAUGCAAAGGAAAAUCACACCCUCAAUUCAAGUGUUCUCCACCAAUUUCAUCCUCCACACAAGCAUUACUCACGUUGAACGACUUCAGUGAAGGCGGAGACGGAGGAAGUGCGUCUGAGUGCGACGAACAAUUCCAUAAAAACUCGGAAAGAGUGGUGGCUUUGUCCACUGGGUGGUACAACAAAGGGUCAAGAUGUGGAAAAAUUAUUAGAAUCAUGGCGAGGAACGGGAAGAGCGUGACGGCUAAAGUGGUGGACGAGUGUGAUUCGAUUAAUGGGUGUGAUGCCGAGCAUGCAGGUCAACCACCUUGUCGUAACAAUAUUGUGGAUGGAUCUGUAGCUGUGUGGAAUGCAUUAGGGUUGGAUACAGACGUGGGUGUAGAGAAAAUUACUUGGUCUAUGGUUGGAUCAAAUGAAGCUUAUGCAAUAUUUAAUGUCUAAUAUGAGCAAGCUAAUUAAGUUUAAUAAAGUUAAAUUAAGCUUGCUUAUGUUGUUUCUUCUAUUGUAAGUGCAAUAUAGAUUAUGGAUAUAUGGUCACUACUUGUGACCAUUCAAUUACGGUGGAUUGAAUUAAGUUCUCCUCUUAAAAAUUAUUUUAGAAUUAAGUUCUCUU